UAAAAACAAGCGAACGCGCCAGAGAUUUUAAAUUGGUCUCUAGAGCGUGUUCAUUGUGACCGUCAAAUUGUCAUUUCAGAGAUUUUGCAGGAUUCUAGUCUAAUUUCUUUAAUUACCACUAAUGGAUGUGAAAGUAGAAGUCGAAUACUGUGGUUCUUGUGGCUACAGUUCUAAUUUUGAGGAACUAGCAACCCAAAUACGCUCUAGUGUACCUACAGCUGCUGUUUCGGGCAAAGAGGGACGGAGAGGGUCAUUUGAGGUGUCAGUCAAUGGGACAUUGGUGUACUCCAAGUUGUCUACGAUGGCAUUUCCUGAUUUCAAGAAUGUUACUGAUAUUGUGAGUGACGCAGCUGAGGGGAAGAACGUGGCUCCUGUACUAAAACAGCAACCAAUUGAUUGCAUUAUUGUAUAAUGUAGAACUUGUUGUGGCAAUUAUGUUCAAUUAACCCUGUACAACCAAACAAUCCCAGUUGUAAAUGUUUCUGGAUGUCCUUUUACUUUUGCAUUUCAAAAUAGUCAGCAAGUUAGAUUAUUAUUUAGUUAAAAAAUAAAUGUGCACUGGCAGUACCAUAAUUACUAUAUUAAUGUACUGUAUGGGUUAUAUUCAGUCUCACAAAGUUCAUUGUAAAUGUGACUUGUUAUUUUAAAGCAAGUUGAAGUGUGACCAUCUAGAAUAGGGAGGUACUGUCCCUCCAGUUCUCUCUUGCAGAGCUUGUCUAUAAAUACAAAUAUAUAAAUUAAUACUGGAAUAGAGCAAGUACAGUCUAAGAGUAACAUCACAAGGUGCUGGUUAAGGGUGCCUACUGUUACCCACAUUUAAUUUAUAUAUGAAGUCACCAAAAUAUGGCAGACAGAAUUUAAAACAACAAAUUACUGUAUGUUGUUAACAAACCCUUAAACACUACUGUUUUUUUAUAUAUAAUAAUGUCAUAUAUACAUGCUCAGGAAAUAAGGUCUGUAUAAAUGACUUAAUUUUGUAACAAAAUAUAACUUGAAAAUCCCCAUCAAUAAAAUUGAAGUGUCUGGAUUAAGAGUAACACUGCGUGAGGGUUUACAUAACAUGGCCCACGUGGAACAAGCAUCCUGUUGUGGUAGUAUUAUUCACCAGACAUUUUGAUAAAACCCUGUAAAAUAUGGUACUGGUACUUAAAAUGUAUUAUUUUGUACUGAAUCAAGUCCUUUAUUUAAAUGGAUCAGUGACUGAAAACUAACGUGCUGAAAAUUGUUGCAUUUUUCUCACUGUUGAAUCAAUCUUUCAGACAACCCAUAAUAAAAUUCACAUGGUGACACUU